AUUGCGGGCAUGUUGCUGCAAGCAGGUGCUAGCAAGGAUGUGCAGGACCUGCGCGGCAACACGGCCCUCCACCGGGCGUGCCGGAGCGGCCACACGGAGCUUGUGGAUUUACUGCUGAAGGCACGCGUCAACAGUGAUGUCAGGAACCGGUUCGAAUUUACAGCCCUCGACCUGGCCUCCAAGUUUGGCCAUGCUGGGGCUGUGGACCUGCUGAAAAGACAAGAAUCCAGGAAGCGUCGGAAGCUGUGA